AUGGAAAACGGACAGCAGCACCAUUCGGAUGCGGACCGUCUGCGGAUCCAGCAGCAACAUCAACAGAAUGCUCAUGCAGGAAAUCUCAGUCAACCGGUCCCCCACCAGCAGCAGCAGAUCCCGAUCCCGGCAGAUAACCUCCUCACACAGAUGAUGUACAUGAUGCAACAGCAACAGUUACAGUAUCAGCAGCAGUUGAACCAGCUUCUUCUCCGGCAACAGCAAAACGAGCAACGGGCGGAAGAAUGGCAGCAGACAUUCCUUCGCAGUAUAACGUCUUCAAUCAACGUUCAGGUCCCACCUAACCCCGAACAGAUUCUAGAUUCUCUUGCGGGAAACAUCAAGGAGUUCCAUUAUGAGGCGGAGAGUAAUCUGACCUUCGCUUGCUGGUAUUCACGCUAUGAUGACCUCUUCGAAAAGGACGCUUCUCGUUUGGAUGACGAAGCCAAAGUACGUCUACUUCUACGGAAAAUGGGUACCGUGGAACACGAGAGGUAUGUCAGUUAUAUACUUCCACGGUUGCCAAAAGACUUCAGUUUCGCGCAGACAGUAGAAAAAUUGAACGGACUGUUUGGCGCGAAAGAGUCUGUUAUCAGUCGUCGAUAUCGAUGUCUCCAAGCUUCGAAAAAUCCGACGGAGGAUCACAUUGCCUUUGCAAGCCGUGUCAACAAAUCCUGUGUUCAGUUUGAGCUAGGAAAGCUCACCGAAGAAGAGUUCAAGUGUUUAAUAUACGUCUGUGGACUCAAAUCUGAAACUGACGCCGAGUUGCGGACCCGACUUCUUUCCAAAAUUGAAGAACGUGACAACGUCACCCUUGAACAGUUAUCAGAGGAAAGCCAGCGGUUGGUCAACCUCCGACAUAAUAAUGCAAUGAUCGAGUCUGCUUCUCACUUUGAUCAGAUCAAUGCAGUGAAGCAGAAAUUCGACGGGCGAUGUUCCAGGAAACGAGAAAAUCUGGCAAUCAGAACCGACACCGGUGACAGAAAAAGCAAACCUAAAUCACCGUGUUGCCAUAAGUGUUCCGAUUGCGGACAGAUCGGACACCGGGAAGGAUAUUGUACCAGCGCAAAGAAGUCGCGUGGAUCUGCAAAGAAACGGAGGAAGUUCUCGGUAACCAGCAAAGUGGUUGUAGUAAAAGCAUGCAGUGUGGAGAAAAGAAGGAAAUUUGUUCCUGUUUUAUUCCCCGGAGGUGAAAUAAGGUUACAGCUUGAUACAGCCUCGGAUAUAAGAGUCAUUAGCAAGAAGAAUUGGCAGACGAUUGGAAGUCCAGUGUUAGCCCCAGCUACAGUGAAAGCGAAAACCACUUCGGGAAAUGUUUUGCCUCUUGUAGGCGAAUUUAGUUGCAACGUUAGCAUUGCAAAGAAAACCCACAAAGCAGUGAUUCGUGUGACUGAAAAACAUUUGCAACUUCUUGGAUCUGAUUUAGUAGACAGUUUUGAUCUCGGAUCCGUGCCGAUGGACACAUUCUGUUGUCAGGUAUCCAGUGCACCCGUGUCUACCAAUUCCCUGAAGAAAAUAUUUCCGAAGGUGUUCAGUGAAGAACUUGGUUUAUGCCAUAAGAUUAAGGUGAAGUUGAACCUAAAAGAACAGUGUAACCCAGUUUUCUGUCCGAAACGCCCAGUGGCGUAUGCCAUGCAGGAUGCUGUGAAUCAAGAGCUCGAUCGUCUAGAGAAGAUAAAUAUCAUUUCACCGGUAGAUUAUUCGGAGUGGGCCGCUCCGAUAGUUGUGGUACGCAAGGCUAAUGGUUCGAUCCGGAUCUGCGGUGACUAUUCGACGGGUCUAAAUGCCGCCUUACAGCCUCAUCAAUACCCGCUUCCCCGUCCGGAGGACAUUUUCGCAAAGCUCGCUAACUGUAAAGUAUUCAGCCAGAUCGAUCUCUCCGUCGCAUUCCUGCAAGUAGAAGUUGAUGAAGCAAGUCGUGGUAUGCUAACAAUAAAUACGCAUCGUGGGUUGUUUCAAUACAAUCGCCUUCCACCGGGCGUGAAGAUUGCUCCAGGAGCAUUUCAACAAUUGAUCGAUACUAUGCUCGCCGGUCUCGAGGGGACGUCCGGUUAUAUGGACGACGUCGUAGUCGGUGGAAAAAGCGAUCAGGAGCAUGAUUCUAAUCUGAAAGCAGUUCUACAGCGCAUCGAAGACUUUGGGUUCACGAUUCGAUCGGAGAAAUGUUCAUUCCGCAAACGUCAGAUCCAGUAUCUGGGCCAUGUUAUCGAUCAUCAAGGGCUGCGUCCAGAUGCAGCAAGAAUCGAAGCGAUCGCAAAACUAUCGCCUCCCAUUGACGUUUCAGGAGUCCGUUCCUUCCUAGGCGCAAUAAAUUUUUAUGCGAAGUAUGUGCCGAAUAUGCGGAUGUUGCGUUAUCCACUUGACAACCUACUCAAAUCGGAUGCAAAGUUCGAGUGGAACAAGGAGUGUCAACAAGCAUUCGAAAACUUCAAGAGAAUUCUCUCUUCAGAUCUGCUUCUCACCCACUAUAAUCCGAAGUUAGACAUCAUCGUGGCGGCUGAUGCUUCAUCCAUUGGUCUAGGAGCAACGAUUAGCCAUCGAUUUCCUGAUGGAUCAAUAAAAGUGGUACAACUCUCAAGAAGCUAUGUGUACUGGCCUUCGAUCGACGAACAAGUGAAGGACUUCGUCGAGACUUGUCAGCAUUGUGCGUCAGUAGCACGAUCUCCUCCGCAAUCGGAUCCUGUUCCAUGGCCCAGAGCAUCUGGUCCGUGGCAACGUGUGCAUAUUGAUUUCGCCGGUCCAGUCGAAGGUGAAUAUUGGUGCCUAUUCUGUAUUCCGACGGAUUUCUAUUUCGUUCGAAAGUGA